AUGGGUCUCUUCCACUUUUUUGGACGCAAUGGAGGGAAAAUCCUACGAGGUGCAACCUAUGCAGUGCAAUUCAUGUGCUUUGCCCAUGUAUUCAAUCAGUAUGUUGCUGAAGCAACCUUUUGUAUGGGACCUUCGAUGCUCCCCAACUUUAAUAUGACGGGCGAUAUUGUUGCAGUGGAGCACAUCACGCCACAUUUUCGUGGAUACCGUAUGGGCGAUGUUGUUGUAUGCAUAUCACCUGCUGUUCCUGGUCGAGCUGUAUUGAAACGCGUCCUUGGUUUGCCUGGUGACAAUGUUUGUGUGGAUCCAACAGCCAAUGAACGGAAAUACGUGGAUAUCCCUGAAGGUCAUGUGUGGUUGUCAGGUGACAAUUUAAGUAAUUCUACCGAUUCGCGCUACUAUGGACCUGUACCCAUGGGCUUGAUCAGAGGACGUGUCUUUGCAAGGUUAUGGCCUGAAUGCCGCCUAGUCCAAAACGCAUUAUUACCCGUGCCUUUCGAUGAAUACACAAAACAACGUUCCUGA